UGUUUAGACAGCGCUGCUGUUAAUUCUUUAUUUGUUUUUGUUGUUCUCGGUGUUCUUUAUUUUUCUAAAUUUAUUUCACAUGCCAAUUGUCGUAAUUACUGGACUGCCGGCAAGUGGCAAAACAACACGUGCAGAACAGCUGCGUGAUUAUAUCCAAAGCAAAGGCAUAAAGGUGCAUCUCAUAAGCGAGAAUGAAACAGUGCCCAAAGCGUUAUACGAGAAGAAUGCCUGCUUUGAGGAUUCGCAAAAGGAGAAAGUUGUGCGUGGUGAUCUGAAAUCGGAGGCAUCGCGUCAUCUUAACCAGGAAGAUCUGGUCAUACUCGAUGCCGGCAACUACAUUAAAGGAUUUCGCUAUGAGCUGUUCUGCCAGACAAAAUCAGCACGCACCACACAAUGCACACUCUUCUGUUGCAUAUCACAGGAGAAGGCCUGGGAAUUUAACAUAAAACGCAGCGGCAGUGAUCUGUUGGGGGAGCAAACCAAGCCCAACAACUCACAUGUGCCUUAUAGCCGUGAGGUAUUUGAUUCACUCUGCAUGCGCUACGAAGAACCGCAAAGCAAUAAUCGCUGGGACAGUCCUUUGGUCGUGGCGCUACCCGAGGACAACUUGAAUAUGGAAGACAUCUACAUGGCGCUGUAUGAAACCAAAUCCUUGGUACCAAAUCUGAGCACACAAAAUCCACCAUUGGGUGCCACAAACUAUCUGUUUGAGUUCGAUAAUGUGAUGCAGGAUAUUAUCAGCGAAAUACUGGGCGCUGUGAAAAUUGGUGCCUUUGGACAGUUGCGCAUUAAGGGCAGCAGUACAACCGUUAAGGUCACCACCUCCAUGACGCCCAUGCUACUCAAUAGACUAAGACAGAAAUUUAUAAGAAGCACGUGUAGACCAAGUCAGACUACACAAACACCACUGCCUCAAGUGCCUCAGCUUUUUGUACAGUUCAUUAAUGCAAAUAUGACGGGUUGUUAGCUUAAAAAUCAAACUACAUACAUUUGAAAAUGUAAUCAUAAAACUUAGUACAAUACAUGCCGUUAUUAUAAAUAAACUAGCUACUGCAAAAAUGCUUCCAAGCACU